UUUUCAAAACUGAAAAUGAGGAACGCUCCUUACAACGAGCUACAACUGAAGGGAAAAGCUCGUCAGAAUGAUAUCACGUGCCGGUAUUCGAGAAUAAGUAGUGCGCCUGUGCCUUUAAGAAAGGGCCAAAGAGCAAAAUUUGUAUCAGGCAAGAUGGCUGCUAUCUUUGGGAAGUUAUUGCGAUCCUCUGUAUGCCGGGCAUACUCUUGUGCAACACAAUCCGUAGUAUCCAACACUUUGCGAAGUCCUUUGGUUAAACAAACAAGUGUCUGUAAUGGUGCAUUAAGCAGCUUUGCCAGCCAGACGCAUCCUUUCAGCACUAGUUCUUCGUGCUUGGCUGCUGCUGUUACACAACAUGCCCCAAAUUUCAAAGGUACAGCUGUUAUCAAUGAAGAAUUCAAGGAGAUUUCCCUGGAUACAUUUAAGGGGAAAUACCUUGUACUUUUCUUCUAUCCUCUUGAUUUCACCUUCGUAUGCCCAACAGAAAUUAUUGCUUACAGUCAGAAAGCCAAAGAGUUCCGUGAUGUAAAUUGUGAGGUUGUUGCUGUCUCAGUAGACUCUCACUUCAGCCAUCUUGCUUGGAUCAGAACAUCUAGAAAGAGUGGAGGUCUAGGUAAGAUGAAUAUCCCAUUGUUGUCAGACUUGACAAAACAGAUUUCCAGAGACUACGGAGUGCUGUUGGAGAAUCCAGGAAUUGCUUUAAGAGGUCUCUUCAUAAUUGAUCCAAAUGGAAUUGUCAAACACAUAAGCAUCAAUGACCUGCCUGUUGGGCGCAGUGUGGAAGAGACCCUACGGCUAGUGAAGGCAUUCCAGUUUGUAGAAACUCAUGGUGAAGUGUGUCCUGCCAAUUGGACCCCAGAUUCUCCUACAAUCAAACCCACCCCAGAAGCUUCAAAGGAAUACUUUGAGAAAGUCCAUGACUAAAAUAAAGCUCGACACUUGUUGCGGGAUGACUUAACAGAUUCUUUGCACAAGUCUUAGUCACUGCAAACAUCUAUUAUAAAAAUGCACUACAUGAAAUACAGUAAUGGAAAAGUUAUCUCAUUCACAACAAUAAACAGUUUUAGGGGCUUUCCCUUCAA